UGAUAAAAUACAACGUAUAGGUAUCUUGAUCCGGAUUUGCUUGCGUAUACCUCGACGUAAAGGUUAUAAGUGCUUCCCGGGCGACGAUGAGGCGUACUGACAGCUUGAGUCCCGGACCAUGGAUUCCUUGCAUCAGGUUAGACUGCUGACAUGAAAAGUAUAACACAAGUUCCGGGUGACGUCGGGGGGAGUCUCUGUCGGAUACACUGGGGGAUGAUGAUCGGGUGUUGUUGUUUUUUGGAGCUUUGCUAAAGUGGUUGAGCUAUCAUGGGGUCCUUAAGUCUAAUAUGUCCUAUGUGCUGUGGGGAGACCUUUGACAAUUCAGAGUCCCUUAAAUACCAUCUACUUAGCGUGACGGACAACCUGUACUGUCCCGGUUGUUCGUUGAGGAUUGACUCCAUCACUGCCCUGAUUCAACAUCUGGAUGUUUGUGGAAAAGAAGAAGUAGAAGUGGCAGAGUUGCUGCAGCAACAGCAACAACAAGAAGAGCAACAGCAGUCAAAAGAACCGGAUGCCAAUGGUUUGGAGCGCAACAACGAUGACAAUGCAGCACAGGGUACCACCUUAGACAAUAGUUUAAAAAAUGAUGCAGUUAACGAAAGUUUUUUAGCUACUGUUGAUGCAGAAGGAUUCAUGAUGGUGGAGGGAAAGACUAUUCAUGUUGAUGAAAACGGGGAUAUACAAGUGGUGGACAAGGUUGUAAGUUCCAACGACGGAAUUUCAUCGAAUGAGUCGAGUUCUUAUUUAUUAAAUGAAAAUGAUGGUACACUCAUAGAUAUUACUGAAAAUAGUGAAAUACAAUUGCAAUUUGGAGGCUCCAGUUUAUCAGAUGUAAAAGAAGAACUUAGCCGAACAUCACAGGAUUCAGAACCGCAAAAACUAUUUAUUUGCAACACCUGUGGUAUGAGUUUUUAUGACCCAGAGGAUCAUAUGGACAAAUAUCAUGGUGGUCAAAAGUACGAAGAAGUAAAACCUGAUCAAGAUGAAAUAAUACUACCUACCACAACAAUAGCUGAUAAUGUCACUUCUACUGUAAAUACACCUGUUAUAUCUUCUAUUGCUACCAGUAGACCAUCGAGAGCUGCCAAAAGAAAGCUGGCACAAAAACAACCUUUAACCCUCGAAGACGAAGCCAGUCUUUACUUUGCGGUAAGAAAUAGCCGCUCCUCGCUCUCGGGCAUCGUCGACGAGUGGAUUGAAAAAUACAAGCUCAACAGGGAAGGCGCGCUACUCAUGCUAAUGCAAUUUUUCAUCAGCGCAAGUGGUUGCAAGGGUACUAUUACUCCAGAGAUGCAGUCUUUGGAACACGUACACAUCAUCAGAAAAAUGACAGAAGAAUUCGACGAGGAAAGUGGAGAGUAUCCUUUGAUCAUGGCUGGGCAGCAAUACAAAAAGUUUCGGUCUAACUUUUGCGAGUUUGUGCAGAUUUUAGUACGCCAGUGUCAAUAUUCCAUUAUUUACGAUCAGUUCUUGAUGGAUCAUAUAAUCUCUCUGCUCACUGGAUUGUCCGAUUCACAAGUCAGAGCUUUCAGACACACUGCAACUUUGGCAGCUAUGAAACUAAUGACUGCUCUUGUGGAUGUUGCAUUGACUGUGUCUAUUAACAUAGAUAAUGCCCAGAGGCAGUACGAAGCUGAACGUCAGAAGGCCAAAGAAAAAAGAGCUGCCGACAGAUUGGAAUCAUUAAUGAUCAAGAAGAAAGAGCUUGAGGAAAAUAUGGAUGAAAUCAAGAACAUGCUCACGUACAUGUUCAAAUCGGUCUUUGUGCACAGGUACAGGGAUACUCUGCCGGAAAUUCGUGCCAUUUGCAUGGCAGAAAUUGGAGUUUGGAUGAAAAAGUUUCACCAAAACUUCCUUGACGAUUCCUAUUUGAAGUACAUUGGGUGGACUCUGCACGACAAAGUAGGUGAGGUCAGAUUAAAGUGCUUGCAAGCUCUGCAGCCUCUUUAUGCCUCAGAGGAGCUUAAAACAAAACUUGAGCUCUUUACAAGUAAAUUCAAAGAUAGAAUUGUAGCCAUGACUCUGGAUAAGGAGUACGAUGUUGCAGUACAGGCAGUCAAAUUGGUUAUUUCAAUCUACAAACAUCAUCGAGAGAUUCUCACUGACAAGGAUUGUGAGCAUGUUUACGAAUUAGUGUACUCAUCUCACAGGGCUGUGGCUCAAGCAGCUGGUGAGUUUGUUAAUGAAAGAUUCUUCAUGUCCAUCGAAGAAGUUGAAGUCAAGACAAAGAGAGGCAAGAAGCGUUUGCCCAACACACCUUUCAUCAGAGAUUUGGUCUUGUUCUUCAUUGAAUCUGAACUUCACGAACAUGGUGCUUAUCUAGUGGAUUCCUUGAUAGAAACAAACUCAAUGAUGAAGGAUUGGGAGUGCAUGACAGAUUUGCUAAUAGAAGAGCCAGGACCCAAUGAAGAGCCCCUUGACAACCAGCAAGAAACUUCUCUCAUAGAAAUCAUGGUUUGUUGCAUUAGGCAAUCCGCUACUGGUGAAGCUCCGGUUGGCAGAGGCCCGACGAGGAAAAUUCUGUCAGCCAAAGAAAUUAAACAAGUACAAGAAGACAAGCAAAAACUGACGGAACACUUCAUCCCAGUUUUGCCUAUUUUGCUCGACAAGUACCGUGCCGAUCCUGAAAAACUCACUAAUUUGUUGUCGAUACCUCAGUAUUUCGAAUUAGACAUCUACACAAAAUCUCGCCAAGAACAAAACUUGGAUCAUCUCUUAACCAAAAUACACGACAUUGUCGAACGCACUCACAAUACUGAUGUCCUGGAUGCAGUUGCCAAAACUCUAGAAUACAUGUGUGUUCCUGGCUCGGCUAUUUUCCGAAGGUGUGAUGUAGCCAGAUUGAAUCUUAUCGACUCUAUCGUUCUCAAGUACAAGGAAGCCAUGGGUGCCUUUAAGUACGUCAUAGAUGGUGGCGAGCUGCCAAACGAGGACGAUAUUUUCAGCGUCGUGGAGUCUCUGAAGAAAGUUGCCAUUUUCUUCAGCUGCCACGACAUGAACACGUCCAACAUUUUUGAUUUGUUGUUCAAUGACAUCAAGGAGUCGCGUUACCGUUUGCCAGACGAGGCAGUUAAGUACUGCAUUAUCGCAUGUUCUUUCUCGAUUAUGUGGUCACAGAACAAUUUGAUCGAAAACGUUGACGCCGAUACCAGAGCUGGCGAAGAGACGCGCAAAUUAAAAUCCAGACUGCACGACUUUAUCGCCUACAUGAGUUACUUUAUCAGCACAUCGGAGGAUGAAAUCUCGGUUUUACUCAAAGAAGAAGCCUACAAUACGAUCUGCGAUCUUCUGGUUCUGUUCUGCAACCAGCUGUCAUCCCACAAAAAUCCGCUAAUUCACCAGCUGAUUUACGAAGCUGAUCAGAACAUGGUGGACAUGCUGAAUGGUUUCGUUCAGCAGUACGUAUUCUUUGAGGGCGAGGAAAACGAUCACGACGAGCACUCGAGAAUCGCGGAGCUGCAUAAAAAACGUAACUUUCUUGCCGCUUUUUGCAAGCUCAUAGUUUACAAUACGAUCCCCACGAGGGCAGCAGCUGAAAUUUUCAAGCACCACGUGAAAUUCUACAACGACUACGGGGAUAUCAUCAAGACGACGAUCGGCAAAGCGCGCGAUAUCAACAAGAUCAACUGCGCGCUCACGAUGCAGGCCAGUUUGAAUAUUCUGUACAAUGAAGUUGCCGGAAAGGAGGAGAAGGUCAAUCGCAACAGCGAGGAAUUCAUGUCGAUCAAAGAGUUGGCCAAGCGUUUCGCUCUGUCCUUUGGUUUGGAUGCCGUUAAAAAUCGCGAGGCGAUCACGGCUCUGCACCGUCAGGGCAUUCUUUUUGCCGUAACUGCUCAAGACGGCGUUGACGUCGAUCCUACGGGGCCACCGCCUAAUCUCUCGUACCUCGAGAUCCUCAGCGAAUUUACGAACAAACUCCUCAAGCAAGAUAAAAAAGUCGUGUUGAACUUCCUGGAUAAGCACCUGCAGGCAGCCAUGCCGUCCUCGAGAGGCGAAGACUGGCAGCCACUGCUUUCCUACAGAAAUAGUUUAUUGCAUGGUGAGACCGAUACAGUACCAGUGACCAGCAAACGAGCUUACACGAGAAGAAGGAAAGAUCAGGUCGCUGAGGAGGAGGAAGCCGAAGAAGGAGAUGAGGGCUCGGAGCACGAGUAUGGUGAAUGAAACAAGGUGUCAAGAUGAAAACAAACAAUAAAUUUGUGUAUAUUGUUUUAUACAUUUUGUAAACAUUAUUUAAUAACAUUGAACUUAUAUUUCAUUAAUUGUUAAGACGAGUGCUUAGCUUAUACAUCAGAUAAUUUUAAUAUUAAAGAUAGAUCAUCUUUGAGACUGAAAGUUCUUUGUGUGGACA